AUGACCAAACCACAACCGCAAAAUGGAAUGUGGGUAAUAGGAUACGGAUCCCUCAUAUUCAAACCUCCUCCACACGUCUCACUCAAGAUCACGGGAUACUUGCAAGGUUACAUCCGCCGUUUCUGGCAAAGUUCAAUAGAUCAUCGCGGCACGCCAGCAUCUCCAGGCCGCGUAGUCACACUAAUCUCGUUAGACGAGUUGCGGGAUCAGAAGCGGUUUUUCCAUAGCGAUUUACACACAUAUGAACUCAAAAAUGGUGAUAUUGUUGACAUUGAUCACCUGAUUGAUGAUUUGAAACCGCAGGAUUUGAAAGUCUGGGGAUGCGCGUACUAUAUUGAUGCUGAACAUGUCGAUGAGGUGAAGGAGUACUUGGAUAUACGUGAACAGAAUGGGUACGAGUUGAGGUCAGUCAAAUUUUAUAUCAAAGCAGAGGAAGGUGGUGGUUGUGAUGAUGGUAGAGGAGCUAGAGUGGAGGGAAGUGGUGUACCCGAAGCAGAUCGACAAAAUGAUGAGUUUGGUGAUUUCAUUCACAGUCUGAUUUAUAUUGGCGGGUUGGACUUGGAUAGUUUUAUUGGUCCCGAACCUAUUGAACAAACAGCUAGCAUAAUCAAGUCGAAUGUUGGUCCAAGUGGGAAGAACAGUGAGUACUUGAUUAAAUUGACUCACGCAGUUCGUGAGUUGAAUUGUAGAGAUUAUUACUUGGAAGAUUUACUAAAACUAAUACAAGAGGAAUGA